GAGAAAUAUAGAAUGGGGUUAGAAUUUGAGUGAAUAAUUACUAUCUUCAUAAUCAAACGGAAUUAGAAGUACUUUUUCUGUCCAUUUAUCUUGGCUUGAUUCAUUGCAUUCAUGAAUUUUUUUGUUUGAUUCUUCGGGCUCCUUCCGAUCUGCUUGACAUCAUUUCCCUCUACUCCAAGUAUUCCGAAGUAUGUUCUUCCUAUUGUGGUUCACUGGUUCUUCAAGUGCAUUAUUAUCCGAGCUUCAGGGCACUGGGUCUUUCCCAUUGAUAACCAUGACAUGUCCUUACACUUCCGAGAUUUUCAGAUAAUCAUCUGCAUGUUUUUCCUUUUUUGACAGCACCCAAUUGGUCUUCUGCAGAGUAAUGAUGAAGAAGAUUUAUGUUUUGGGAACGGUGGUUCUAAGAGCUCCCAGGCUAAGAAGCCACCGAACAAAAAUCUGCCUUCUUCCAUUCCAACACCUUCAGCAACACCAGUUCUGAGGUCAUCUACAAAAGCUUCUAACACUAGUUCUGGGCGACGAAUGUUGCAGCCUGAAAAUGCUCUGGCACAUUCAGUCCCCAACUUUUCUGAUUUGAGAAAAGAAAACCCGAAGCCUAAUUCUGCAGUUUCCAAAACAGUAACUCGGCCGCCAGCAAAAAUCCAUGCCCGCAGCAAAAGUAGCAUCGAAAAUAUAAUCGUUGUUAAGGAAGAGAGGAAGCCACACUGCUCACAGUCUCUAAAGAAAAGCGCCGUGGUUCCCACUGAGUUGGGCUUAGUUUUGACAGCAUCAAAAUGUGAUAAAUCUGACAGCUUUUCACAAAAUGCAGAGUCAAAGCCGCUCCUUAGGAAAGGUAGUAGGUUAGGGCCUGGUGCUGGAGCUGUUGUGGCCACGAUGAAGAGUUCAGUGGAACCCGAGACUGUGAACUCUGAAGUAAAGUUGGACGAAUUGGCCUUUGAUCCCGAUGUGGCUGAAAAUGAAGACAACAAAGAGUCUGAAACCGCAAAAACUGAAGAUCAUGUGAAUGUGGACAAUGUAAAACCAAAACUCAGCCAUGAAACUGGAAAGUUGGUUGAUUCUGGGUCAGAAGGUGGUGAUGCUUUGAGAUCUUCUUCACGAAUGGAAACUUCUUCUGUGGCUGUAUUGCCGCCUUCUAUGCCUUCUACCAACCACCCUGAUGGUUCUGUGCAAAAUUCCCCUGCAGAAAGCCCUGUGUCAUGGGAUUCACAUGCGCAACAUGCAUUUUCUUAUGCACAUGAGACAUCUGAUAUUGAUGCCUCUCCAAUAGGAAGCCCUGCUUCUGGAAAUUCAGGCUCUCUUAAUCAAAUUGAGGCUGGUGCUGCUCGAAUGAGGAAGAAAUGGGGUAGCACUCAGAAACCAAAUCUUCUUUAUAAUUCUUCCCAUGGUCACUCUCAGAAGGAUGUGUCAGGUGGGUUUAAAAGGUUCCUACGCUUCGGAAGGAAAAGUCGUGGCACUGAUGAUAGCUUCAAUGAAAGCGAGUAUUUUAGCGAACAAGUUCAAGCGUUGAGGAGUUCUAUCCCUACACCUCCGGUGAAUUUUAAAUUGGGGGAACACCAUUUGUCUGGACAUUCAAUAAAAACCCCAAGAUCAUUAUUUUCUUUGUCAUCAUUUCGGAGCAAGGGAAACGAUUCAAAGCCUAGAUAACUGUCUGCGAAUAGUGCUGCAAAUUAAGGACGAUAAAAUAUAUUGACAGCAAGUUGUUGAGCUGUGCAACAGACAAGCAUCUGCUGAAGCUGCUGCGGUGUUAUUUAUAUCUCCAUGGACAUUUUUAAAUGUUAAACUUCUACAUCGGUUUGAGGGAAAAGUUGCCUAUUGGCAUCUUGUCUAUGUUUUUUGGUAGUGGAAGCAUUCUUUUCUCAGCUUAAUUUAGACUGGACUCGUGUGUGAUGUAUAUUAGAUAUUAAACUCUUGUUGUAUGCAGAAGAAAAGAAAAUUUUAAGGUGAGUAAUGUACUUACGCGUUUUUCACUAUUUUUG